GUCUAUAAAAGGAAGGAGAGGGAAAUGCCAACUCACCUCUACCUCCUGAAGACCCAUGUGCAGGUAUUUUGCUUUUUGUAGAGAAAAUGUUUGCAUUCCUGAUUUGCAUCUUGACACUACAUCAAGUGCACUCUGCCUGCGUUCCGCAAGACAUUUGCCCAGAAAACACAGCGAUUCAGGCUGAGAUCGUUGACCAACACAAUGCCUUCAGGAGAGCGGUUCAGCCGACGGCUUCUAACAUGCUGAUGAUGACCUAUAGUGAGGAGGUAGCAGUCAGUGCUCAGGCCUGGGUUGACAAAUGUAUUCUGGCUCAUGGAGCACCCAGCACCCGCAUGCUUAAUGGAUAUGAAUUAGGUGAGAAUCUGUUCUAUUCAUCCACGCCUGCCUCAUGGAAGGAUGUCGUCAAUGCCUGGCACAGUGAGGUGUCACACUACCUGUAUCCCAAUGGAUCCACCAAUGGCCAAGCUGUCGGUCACUACACACAGGUGGUGUGGAACAGCUCCUAUAAAGUUGGCUGUGGAGUGACGCUGUGCCCUAACAACAUCUAUUUCUAUGGCUGCCACUAUUAUCGAGCAGGAAACUUCAGGAGUUGGCCGCCUUAUAAAGUUGGACCCCCAUGUGCUUCCUGUCCCAAUCACUGUGUAGACAAACUCUGCACCAACCCUUGUCCUUACAUAAACAAGUUCAUCAACUGUCCAACCUUGAAAGACACAACUGGAUGCAGCAAUGAUCUGGUGCAUGCCUGGUGUCCUGCUUCAUGCAAAUGCAUCGAUGAAAUCAUUCCAAUAGCCUAAAGAUAAACCCUUCAGUCUGCGAACGACUGUACUUUGACUUCAAAUUUGCAGACUAUGUACUAUGUGCUUCUUUUGGUUCCCUGUCUGUGAAGCAAGCUAAAUCCAUGUAAGCUUUUAAGAAUAUACUCAUGACACAAGGAGAAAACCAUGUCUGUAAAAAUCUGGUUGAGCAUUGAUUGUCUUAAGUUAAGGGGUUGCUUUGGACGUGUGGUAGCUUAGCCAGAGUGAGAGUGAGGGCCACCAGUGCUUUGGUAAUGAUUGCUUAUUGACCAGUGCAGCAGCCAACAGUAGCCUCUGGUUGAUGCUGAAGUUGUCCUGUUGCUAUAGAGUUCAACAAACAGUCAGCCAAGUGAUUAAUGUUGUACAGUCCUAAUGAACUGGUAAAUCAAAACUAGAGUCUAUACAUUUUUACACAAAUUGCAGUAAAGAUCACAAAGCGCUAACAGCCAUGACACUGUCAACCAGAACAGGAGCAGCCAGACAAAAAAACUCUGAUGAACCUUUCUCUCAAUGGCAAAGCACAGAGGGCAUCUCCAGGUAAAUGUGCCAUUUAUAGUGUUAAAUCUUCCUCCAGCAUACAUAUUAAGUGGAAAACUGUUUUAGUGCAACGACUUGCAUAACAGUUGCCAACAGAAGGCUGGUGCCAAGUCCUCUGUGACAACCAGAGCUGAGCCAAGUCUUUCUGGAGCCCUGAGUACGUGUACACACACACACACCACCAUGUCCCAUCUUCAAUAUUCAUUAUGAGUGAUACCAAAAAUAAGAGAUGUUUGAUCAAAGAGACAGAGAGCUCAUAACUUUUCCCUUAACGUAAGCCUACUUUUCCAAGUUUGGUCUGCUAAGUCUUCCUGCUGAUAGGAAGUACAAUUUGACAACAAUAAAAACCACUAAUGCUUUUUGAUACUGCAGGUGAUAUUCUGAUAUUGCUUACACUACUAUAUAUCUAUAAAAACAGAAAUACAUAAAAAAAACAAAACACUAAUAUCUGCUACAGAAAAUUAUGUUUGCCGUCUUGAAUUAUUGGGUAAUUUAACCUUGUCAGGCUUCUGAUAUUAAAUAUUAAUAUUUCUUUGGUUGACAUUUUCACAACCUGGAAACGUAUGUAAUGAGCAACAAGACAUUGCUUUGUUUUGUUUUGUUUUGUUUUGUUUUGUUUUGUUUUAACUGGUCACGACUCAACAAGGCCAGGAAACACUGCUGUAGGUAUUACAACUUUGACUAGCAGUGUUUGGUCAAACACUGCUAGUCAAAACAAGUCUCCACAGAACAAUAAGCAAAAAUCCAUAUCCUUUGGUAUUCCAGCAGAUGGCUCUGUUGUACAACUCACCACACCUGCUUUUACAUCCCACAAUAUUUUGAUUCUCUUGCCUUUAUCUGAACCAUUGGUCUAUGACUAAAAUGCACCAAAUCAUGCAGACUAAUGUGCCUCUUCACUCACUCUCUGUGUCUCUCAUGCAAGAGCCUAUAAUUUUUGGUUUUAUGAACUGCAUGUAAGGCGUGACUAAUCUUUCAAAGAUCUUGGCCGUCUCCAAAAGUGAUGAUUUGUGAUGACUUUGUUGGGUAACAUAGAAUACAGUAAGAGUUAAUUUUCACAAGAAACCUGAUGCAACAGCACAAGAGGCUGUUAGGACGAUUACUUAACCGCUGAGAUUAGCCCAUCGUCUCCCUGCACUGUCCACAUAAAGAGGAAGACACACAAUGUGACUCUAAACAGAAAAAAACAAUUGUCAUGUGAGCCGCUCUGGGAGAUAACUGCUGUCCUUGAGGGAUGUCAUAUGUAGCUUCUGAACAGAGAUGACACCAACAGCAGCAAUAUUAAUAAUACAGAAGAAGAAUAUAAAAACAGAUAUUUUCGAGCAACCAUAGGCAGAGCAAGAAAGUUAUAUUUAAAACAUUUAUUUAACUGGGCAUAUUGAUUCAAAACAGGGUCUUCAUCAGGGUUAAACCAGCAGCUGACUGAGCAGUUGGCCAUUUUUUAAAUUUUAAUAACAUCUUUCACCUAAUCUAUGUGCAGAGCAUGUUAAGAGA